AUGACCCCUGCCAGAGGGCGUGGCCCAAGCCAAAGGAGUCCUCAUGUCCUGGUGACCGACUCCCGAGACCAACAAACCACUCAACCCCGUCGUCGCCGCUCCCCCGCAACCCGUUUCAUCACAGUCGACAAUGUCCUCCAAUACACCUCCGACGUCCCCUCCAUGCAGCAGCGCCAUCCACCCCAAGGCGGCGUCCGGGCGCGGCCGCGCUCCCGUCUCGCUUCCGCCGCGGGCGGCUUAAUCGGUGCUGGCGGAGCGGGCUCCUCCACCGGAGGAAGCAGUGCGGUCAGCACAGCAGCGUCCAUGAAGCGACUUGCAGCGCAGCCGCGACUGCCCCCACGUACAACAAAAGUCAGUGAGAAGCUGGUGCUUCUGCCGGAGGCCGGGGACGAAUUGCGCGAGGAAGAGGAAGGGGAAGAGGAGGAUGAGGAGAUGGUGGACGAAGAGUUCGUGCAGAAGAUCGCGAAGGAUAAGAAUCUUGACCCGGAUUCGGUGAGGCAGACGUUACUGGCGCAGAAGAAGCUCGAUGGGGAUUUCGGCGUCGAUAAUGAGAUCGCGCCGUUGUUGGCGGAGGAGGAGGUGAUGAAGAGGAGGAAGGUCGCUCCGGAGAAGGCCAAGAGCUAUGCGGAGAGGUUGCCGAAGGCGCGGCGCGCGGAGAAAUUGGCCAGAGUGACGGCGUAUUGUACGGCGCAGGCUUAUAAGAUGAGCUCGUUGGCGUCGUUUGUGAAGGAGAGGCAUGGCGGAAAGACGAAGCUCUAUGAUGAUUGUUUGUAUACGGCGUAUCAUUUGCCGUUGUUGCCUGGGCAUGAAGGGUAUAGGUUGAGGAGUAGUCCGGUGCUGAAGAAGCCGGGUGGCAAGUCGCUGCUUGACGAGGAGAUUGAGCGGAAUGAGCUGCGAGAUCAUCAUGAGGAUUAUAUGCCGGAGGCAGAGGAGCAUUCGGUGUUUGGGGGGCGUCAUGAGCAUGGUCCGCACCCGCAUGAAUCGCAUCAAGCUGGUGAAGAGGAUCAUGCUGGUUCUGGCUCGAGGGAACAGUUUGGUCAAGGUACGGCCCAUAGCCAGCCGGGCCCGACUGCUGGCUCAACGGCGUCGUCGAGACUAUCAUAUAAUGUGGCGGAGAUGUUUGUCUUCAGCUACGGAGUUGUCGUGUUUUGGAAUUUCACCGAGAAGCAAGAGAAGGAUCUGCUGGCUGAUUUGGCGUUUGCGACGUCGUCCGCAACGGGAUCCCCUAUCCCGCUGGCUACCAUGCCAUUGCAAGAGGAGGACUUUGAAACAGAGGAGUUCCAUUUCGAAUAUUCGACCGAAAUCAAACGCCCACGUGUCUACAACGACAUGAUCACUCUGCGCAGUGGCGACCACAUGAUCAAGCUAGCUAUCAGUCAUGGCAUCGCUCAAAGUACCAAGCUCUGCUUCUUUGAGGAAGUUAUGGCUCGCCAGAUGGCCGAGGCCAAGGACGUCCCUCGCCGACUCGCCAUGACCGGCAACUUAGGAAUGAAGCGAGACGAAGUAUUCCGGAUCCUGGGUAGUCUGUUCAAGAGUCGGGUGGAAGUGAACCUCUCAUCCAAUAUGCUCGACGUCCCCAACUUCUUCUGGGAAAGCGAGCCUACUCUCUACCCACUCUACAUUGCCGUUCGGGAAUACCUCGAAAUCAAGCCCCGAAUUCAAGUACUCAACGAACGCUGCCGUGUCUUCCUUGACCUGGCUGAAAUUCUCUCCGAUUCGAUCGCCGACAACAGAACCUCGCAUCAAACCUGGAUCAUCAUCGUCCUCAUCAUCAUCUCCAUCCUCGUCACCACCUCCGAAGUCUUCCUCCGCUUCGGCCUCCUCUCCGCCCGCGAGAACGGUGCAUCCUCAACAAUCACUACCAUCCUCUCCCGAGCCCUCGGACAUACUUCGCCCGCACCCGUAUGCUCUUGUCCAGCCUCUGCUGUUCCCGGAGUUCCAGCAGGCAUGGGAGGAGCAUUGAAUACCACCGGCUUGCCGUAUUGA